AUGUUUGUUUUUUAUUCAUUGUUCGUCUACAUCUUCUACACUUUGUUGAAGAGGAGCCCGGGUGAUGAGGACACAGGGGACGAUGAGGACACGGGGCACGAUGCGAACAGUGUUCAGGAGCAGGGGCCUGUUUCCAUGGAGACCGAGACAAGACUGAGAAGCCCCAAGAGCAGUUUCUCGCUGAAGGAUGAGUUUUGGUCACAGCUGGUUGACCAUGAGAGCCCAUCUGACAGCGAUGGGACCAGUGGUAGUGAUGAGGACGGGCUGUUUACUGACACCAUGUCACCACUCACAGAGUUCCUCUCGUUCAAACAGGAAGUUGCCGGGGGAGCAUUUUCACAGACGGACAAGGAGCAUCCCCAUGGGAAGGCUCCCGGUGCCUCCCCCCUGGUCUCGGUCAUGACCCACCUCCUGUCCUUCCUGGAACAAUACUCCCACAUGCAGCGUCUCCAGGACAGAGCGUCCGAGUACAAGAGCCGGCUCCGCAGGGAGGAGGCCAGGAGCAGGAAGAAACGCAAACUGCUCCGGAGCACCUGCAAGCAGGAGCUGAGAGACAAGCUGAGCCUGAUCGGGAACCUCCAGGAGAUUAUCGACGAACAGCAAGAGCUGGUGCAGAAACUACAACAGGCAGCCAGUAAGGACGUUGCUGACCCCGAUGACCCUCCAUACUCCCAGCACCCUCUGAGUCCGGACAGCCCUCCACCCGACGGCGACACUGCGUGCAGCAGCCCCCCUCCCUCAGCCGGAGUCCAGAGGUUGGUACACUCCAUCCAGACCCUCCAGACUGAACGGUCCAAGCUGCUGAACGAGGUGGAAUCCAUCAAGAUGGAGGUGGAGCAGGGGGAGAACGAGAAGAGACAGCUGUCAGCCAGCUUUGAGACUCAGAUCCACUGCCUGAGGGAACAGGUUCGGGAACAUGAGGAGGAGCUCACCCGACUGAGAACGGAAACAGGAGUUACGGACUCGGAGAAGAGGAUUCAGCAUCUGUCCCUGGAGAACGAGAGCCUGAGAGAGAACCUGAGGGUGACCCAGGGCGUCCUACAACAACUCUCCACCAUCGGCCGGCACCCCCCAGAGCAACUCCUCAGGGAGAACGAGGAGUUGCGAUCGAAGGUGUGCCUCCUGGAGAGUUGUGCGCAGCAGAAGCUGGAGCAGUUACUGAGGCUGGACGCUGAGCUGAGUGAACUGCACUGGAGGAGGGAGACCGAAGACAGGCAUCACCAGGAGACUGUCCACUCCCUCCAACUCCAGCUGCAUCAGAGCCAGGAACCACCCCCACACAUCCAGUACGUGGCUCAGCGAGUGGAGGGGAAUUCCGAAGUGACUCUGGGAUUAUUCCGGGAUUGGGAACACAGGAACCGGGAGCUCCUGGAGCAGGUCACUCUGCAGGAGGGACAGCUCCACAAACUGGAACAACAACUCCGGGACUCCGAGGAGACACGCUCCCAACUCCAAUACAAGAUUGUGGUGUAUGAGACAGAGAUUGAGAAACUACGUGAGGAGCUGAUGGGGAGGAUCGAGGAGCUGGAGCGGGGUAAGGAUGAAGCCGUGCGAGAGGCCUCUGAGUGUUCAGAGGAACACCUCAACCAACUCCGACAGCAGUUCACAGGGGUACAGCAGAAUCUGAGGAGUUUGAAGCCCGUCCUGAAGACGAUGAAAGCGAAUUAUAACAGUCUCCGGAGUCAGGUGAAAAACUUCGCCCAGUUUUAUGAAGCAGCCAUUUCAGAGGCAAGGCGACAGAUCCAGACAGAGAUCACCGCGGUAACAGCUUCCAACAAAACCCUGAUGGACAAGUAUGAGAGGGAGAUGGUCCUCAGGAAGAAGUACCAUGACCAGCUGGUGGAGCUCCGAGGUGGGGCACUCCUCAUGACCAACAGGGGAAAGAGAGCCACCUGGCAGAGCUCCAAGCUGGGACCAAACAACAUUGGCCCAUUGUUUCUGGCCUUGGGAAGACGGCACAGAGUGGCCCAGGAGACCAAUAUGAAUGAGCAGAGUUCCCGUUCCCACGUGCUGUUGGCUGUCACAGUGACGGGCACCAACACCAGAACCAACAGCAGCACAACAGGGCGGUUGAACCUGGUGGAUUUGGCCGGGUCAGAGCGAGUGUGGAAGUCAGGAGCGCAGGGAGAGAGGCUGAAGGAAGCUCAGAACAUUAACAGGUCCCUGCUGGCUCUGGGGGAUGUGAUCCACGCUCUGAGGGUCAAACGAAACCAUAUCCCCUUCAGGAAUUCCAAACUGACGUACCUGCUGCAGGACUCCCUCCGACAGGGCAACAAAACUGUCAUGGUGGUCCAGGUCUCCCCCCUGGUGAGGGAUGUGGCAGAGUCGGUGUGUUCCCUGAAGUUUGCUCAGCGAGUGUGCAAGGUCCAGCAGGGCCCUGCUAUCCAGUGCCUGCUGGGAGCAGGGAACGAGGCAUGGUCCUGACAGGCUGCCCCCAGCGCCCUGCUGGAAUCCAUUCUGCCCCUCUCU